AUGGCAAACCAUCUACAGUACGUCAUAACCGUGCCAGCGGCAAAUGAAAUCAUGAACACACAGGGUGGAGAAAAUGUGAAAGGGUAUACCCUGGAAAACAUCGAGUUAGAAUACGAAUCCAUCGACAACAUCGAAUUGGCAAGAAAAGUGGAAAGUCCGCACAACGCUGGACGGAAGCUGUCUUUCGAACAUGUCAUCCUGAUGAAAAAGACGGAAUGGAGUAAGGACUCCACCAUUAUCAACGAAACAAUCAACGUGCCACGCAGAAGCAUGAAAGCUAUCGUCAUGUUGUUUACGAGCAAGACAAAUUAAGACAGACAGUGAAGAAUAUGUUUACCCCAACAUCGAAAAGGUUAGGGUAACCGUGGAAGGUGUGCUCAAAGCCGUCUACAGUCAAGGUAUUACAAAACCAAGGCUGUACGAAGAGGCAAGACGACUGUUCGGCACCGGUGAAAUUAGUCAUCAAACGCUAACCAACUUUUUCCAAGACAAAAAGUUUGCGCUGGUCAUCGAUCUCAGAACCGUAAACGAUGUCAGCACAUUUGGAAACGGUGCUAAAAUUCAAAACACUCAGUCUGGAAUACUGGUGGAAAUCACGAAAAAAGUUACAACUGCAAACGUCGUAUGUCACAUGUUCGUUCUUUCCGACGGUUUCAUCGGAAUUGAUAACGGACAACUCACCGGAGUACAGUAUUAA